AGAAGACGCUUUACUUCCUCUGCCUAUCUCUCUGCUUUCUCUCUCUAAUGUCUUCCUCCAUUGCUGCCAUUUCCUCUCCACAAUCGGAGGAGCAAGACGAUUCGUGGGAAGAAGUGAAACCAUGAGGUUUCCCGUCGGAAAGUCUCUAGAGUGACAGAGAAUUAUGGUGUUUUUGUGAAUAAUCACCGACGCAGCCAUUGUUUGUUCUCCUUCUUUAUCAUCUCCAUGGAUUUUGAUUCCAGAGUUCCCAUUUCUCGGGAAAGCAUUUCACUUUCCCCGUUGCUACACCAAAAUGCAAUGUGGCAAACGAAUUUGGGAUCAGAUGAAACAAUGGGUGGUGAUGGGCUUUAUCCGGAGCGUCCGGGAGAGCCAGAUUGUUCUUACUACAUAAGGACUGGACUUUGUAGGUUUGGUUCAACUUGUCGAUUCAAUCAUCCUUAUGAUCGGAAACUGGUUAUAGCAACAGCAAGGACUAAAGGAGAAUACCCUGAAAGAAUCGGUCAGCCUGAAUGCGAGUUUUAUAUUAAGACAGGAACCUGCAAAUUUGGAGUGACUUGCAAGUUUCAUCAUCCUAGGAACAAAGCUGGGAUUGAUGAAAGAGUAUCAGUUAAUGUCUUAGGCUAUCCUCUACGCCCUAACGAAGAUGAUUGCUCUUACUUUUUGAGAACUGGACACUGUAAAUUUGGCGGAAGUUGUAAAUUCAAUCAUCCUCAGACUCAAUCAACCAAAUUGAUGGUUUCUCUUCGCUCUCCCGUUUACUCUGCUCUUCAAUCUUUAACUGGUCAACAGUCUUAUUCUUGGCCGCGGACAUCUUAUGUUGCAAACCCUCCUCGUUUUCAAGACCCUUCUUAUGCCUCUUUAGGUGGCCUUGUAUCAGUUCAAGGGUGGAACGCUUACGGUGGUCAGCUCGGUUCACUUUCUCCCUCGGGAAGUGACCAGGACUACAGAAACCAACAGCAGAAUGAUGCAGAAGAGUCUUCAGGAUCUCAAGGAGGUGUCUUCUCAUCUGGGUUUCAUUCAGGAAAUUCUGUUCCCCUCGGCCAGUAUGCAUUACCUAGCGAGAAUGUAUUCCCGGAAAGACCAGGCCAACUUGAAUGCGAAUUCUACAUGAAGACAGGAGAUUGCAAAUUUGGAACAGUCUGCAAAUUUCAUCAUCCUAGAAACAGACAAACCCCAGCUCCUGAUUGUGUCUUAAGCACUGUUGGCCUCCCUUUACGCCCGGGAGAACCACUGUGCGUGUUCUAUUCACGGUAUGGGAUAUGCAAGUUUGGUCCAAGCUGUAAAUUUGAUCACCCGAUGAGAGUCUUCACUUACAACAGCAAUGCUGCAGCUCCUUCUUCUUCAUCAUCUUUGCAUCAAGAGACUGCCAUCACCACACAGCUAAGGAAUCUCCUAGUCUCUUCUUCUGUGGAAGCAACACCCCCGUCUUCUGUCUCUGAAACAACCUCUGCUAAAGACACCACUGUUGAUGCACAACACUGAAACCUUUCGUUUUGACCUAAAGCAUGUUUAUGUACAGAGAUGAGAUAUUUGAUCUGAUCUGAUUUGCUUCGUGUUGUAAUUUUCUAUUUCCAAAAUUAAUGCCGAGAGAAAAGAAAAAAAUAAAAAGGAAAUGUAUUUAUUUACCCAACUGGUUAAUAUAUAUCCGAAUUUAUUUAUUUUUAUAAAAA